AUGCGCCUCCGACGAGCGGCGCUCGGCUGGACCGCCCUGGUGCUCGCGGGCUGUUGGCGCUUCUGCGGCUUCGCAGCGGCGCCCAAGCUGCCGAAAAGUAGCCAUCGGCCAAAGCAGGAGCUGGGGCAGAGCCCUUUGGAAGCAAGUUGGAGAUGCUACCUCUCGGACCCCAACACCAUCGAGAAGAUCUUCCGGAGCUUCCGAAGUGGCGCGGCUUCGAAUGCGGUGGUGGAGUUGGGCCCGGGGCUGGGGGCGCUGACGCGGCUGCUGGCGGCGGAGUUUCCGACGAUGGUGGCAGUGGAGGUGGAUUCAAGGGCGGUGGAGGCGCUGGCCCGGGAUUUGCCGAAGUUGCGGGUGAGGCACCAGGACCUGCUGCAGUUGGAUCACCGGGAGAUGCGCCAGGAGCUUGGGGACCGCCUCUCCGUGGUGGCGAACCUGCCCUACAGCAUCACCACGGAGGCGCUGCUCUCGUUGGUGCGGAGCCCAAGAGCGGUGCGCUAUGCCUUGGUCAUGGUGCAGAAGGAGGCGGCCGAGCGCAUCGUGGCGGCAGAGGGGUCCAAGGACUAUGGGCCUUUGUCGGUGAUGCUGCAGCUUUUCACCAGGCCGCGGCAGCUGUACCUGGUGCCAGCCACCGCUUUCUACCCCCAGCCCAAAGUGACCAGUGCCAUGGUGGAGUUGGAUUUCCUGGCUGAGGAGGAGAUGCCUGAGGUGGACAGCGCCAUGCUGCUGGAGGUGGUCAAGGAGUGUUUCCGCCAGCGCAAGAGGGCGCUGAGACACAGCCUCAAGGCCUACCUUCAGCAGCGGCGGCUGGCGCUUCCGGCGCGCUGGGCGAAGCUGCGGGCGGAGCGCCUGAAGCCAGGGGAGUUUCUGGAACUCGCGAGGCAGCUCCAGUGA